AUGAAUUUUUCAAGUCUUUCUUCGUAUCAUUACAAAUUGUGUACCUUCCUUAGACAACAAAGCACGGAACUAGAUCUGGGUAGUAACAAUGCAUCAGAAGGAGGAGGAGGUGAUGAUGCCUUCUAUUCCUUCCUAACAAGAAAUAUUUUUUCAGAUAUUCCUGCUACACGUGUUGUUGUCAAUUCGGGAACAAACUCUUUGAAUUCCGCGUCCUCCUCUUCAUCAUCGAAUGACCCUUCUCAACCCCAACAACAAGAACAACACAUUCAAAUGGCACUCGAAGAAACACAAAAGAAAACAAAAGCCAUCUUUCAUUUAUUGAAAGAACAUGUGCAUUUUAAUAAUAAUGUUGAUCAUAAUAAGAAUAAUAAUAGUAAUAAUAAGAACAAUAGCAAUAUUACUAAAAAUGUUCAAUACAACGAUGAUAACAUUAGAACUAUUUUUCAAGAUUUGUCAUCCAUUCCGACAACCAAUGAUGGUGAUGACAAUGAGAAUAUCAUCAUUCUCAAUCUUAAAAUCAUGUUACUCAUCUACAGAUACUGUGUGAAUCGAGUGAAAUUAGGAAAAGAUAUUCAAUUCUCCUUUUUUGAAGAAUUUUUUAAUCACAUCAUGCAUUUAGAUGAAUGGUUUGGUCCAAAUUUAACAUCCUUGAAAGAUCUAUUGACAUUUCAUUUAUCUCUUCUUUCCAUUGAUAGUAAUGAAUGGAUCAUUCGAUCGAGUCGAGUUCAACAAAUGCUUUCCAAUUGGAAUUUAUUAUUACAUUCCAUUCGAUGUCCAGCUUUACAACAACCAAUUCCAAAACAAAUACCAUCAUCACAACAAUCAAAUUUAUCACCACAUUCACAACAUCAUCGCAUUCCAUCAUGGAAAUUAUUACUCAUGUAUUUAUAUACAAGUUUAUUAACAGAAAUAUUACCAUGGGGUGUGAAAUAUAUUCAUGAAUUUGGACAAAAACCAUCUAAAAAGGAACGAAUAUUAAGAUUGAUUAAAAAACAAAAGAAAAAUGUCAUGAAUGAAUCUACUUACAGUGCUGGAACAUUUCAAUAUGCUCCAUUCUUUCAAUUCCUUGUAUUACAAUAUUUUGUGGAUAUGAAAAUGGAACAUUAUACCAAACAAGGAAAUUUGUUAUUGAAUCAGAGUAGUUUGAAUGGUACUAAUAGUCAUAGUGACAAUCCUAAUAGUAACAAUUAUCAUCUUCUCUCAUGGCCAAGAACUAUUCUCGAAGAUAAACUUUUAAAAGAAUCUUUAACUUUUUGGGCUGUAUUUGUCUCAACCAUGACAAGUACUGCACGUGAAGAACAACAAAUGACGAUGGAUGAAGCUGAAGAGAAUUUGAAUGAUGAAACUGAUGAUGAAAUUGAAAUGGAUUUGAAUGAGGACGAUACUACCACAACCACUAGUACUAUUCGUUCAGCAACCACUGGCAUUACAACAACUACAACCACCUUAGAAACUUCAAAAAAAGAUCCUCUUCAAACUCACAUGACUGUUCAAGAGAUUCGAACAGUUAAGAAAUAUCUUUCACAUAUUCUUGCAGAAUAUUUAUUGAAAUCACUCGUACAAGUAUUGUAUGAAUUAGCAGAAUAUGAAUGUAAACCAAUCUCUCAGACCAAUGCAAAUACUAUUAAUACCAAUGGUGCUACUAAUGCCAAUACCACCACACUCUUUUAUUUUGAAAGUCCAUUACGUUCAUUAGAGAGUAUUCGUGCACAUGCUCAAACAGUCAUUAGUUCACUUUGUAAUUGUUUUGGAUUACAAUUAUGUAAUAUUCUAUUACCAAUGGUGAAUGAUGAUCUUGCACAAAUUGAGAAUUAUUCAAAGAGUGGUGGUAAUAAGAGCGUUGUUGAUGAUGUUAACAAUUCUUCCUCACCUUAUGGACCUAUCUUUCUUGAACUUCCCGUUAAUACUGCUACUACUAUUAAUACCAUGAAUACUACUACUACUGAACACAUUCCCUUAACCAACCAUAGCGUUGAUGAUCCAUACCUUCAUGGUGGUGACCACAACAACUCUUCAUUUCAUUUACAACCUCAUUCACACCAACAAAAACAACAACACAACAAAAACUUUGGUAAACCCAUUUGGAUUGUUCGACAAAAAGUUCUCAAUACCAUUGGAGUUUUAUUAAGAGAAUUACUUACUACUAAUAUUCAAUAUGGAUCUGGAGUGAAUGGUCAAUUAGUGGACGCACAAACGAUUAUUUUUUAUGUAUUGGUACACUUUAUUCAAGAAUAUUGUGAAUUGGUAUUGAAUGAAAUUACUUCAUUACCUCUUCCAACAUCAUCCUCAUCAUCACCACCACCCUAUGAAACCAUUCUCAAACAAACAGCAACAUUGGUCACAUUUGCAUUUAGCAAAUUAUUUAGUAGUACUCAAGACUCGAUGGAAGAAGGUGGUGGUAUUGUGAAUAACAACAAUUCCAGUAAUAAUUUGGCCAUUCUUCAACAAUUUUAUGAACUUCAAUUGCCACCACUCGAACCACCACCACAAGUACCAACACUCUCAAAUUCCUCUUCUUCAACAACAACAACAGAUCGAUAUCGACAUGAAAGAAAGGCACAAAAAAGUGCCACUUAUUUAUUACAUGAAUUUAAACCAAACGUAUUGAAAUUAUUACAAACAUUAAUUAUGGAUGAUGAUUAUUCUCUAAGAGAUUCAGCAUGUAUUUCAUUGUGCUCUUACAUUGCAGAUAUGAGUUUAAUGGACAUGAUGAUGGGAAGUGGUCACGAACCACAACAACAAGACACACACCACCACACGGAUUUCAUUCUCAAUAUUAUUCAUGCAUGUGAGAAACAUGUUCAAAAUUUUGUUCGAUAUUCCAUGUUGAUUAGUGCCAUUACAGACAAGUUACAAAAUGCCAUUUCUUCAACGAUGAUGAAUCCUCAAUUCUCUCAACUCAUACUAUCCUCAUCAUCAACAACAACACCAUCGUUACCCUAUGAAACAAAUGCAACUCUUUCAACUCCUACUACUAGUACAAAUCACUCAAUUGCCACUCAUUCCACUACUAAUUUCGCCUCUCUUCUCUCAUCAAAAUAUUCUCCUCAUUUCAAUCGAUUAUUUAAACAUUUAUUUGAAAUGAUUUGUGUGAAUCGUGUGUCUUUCAAUAACGAUUCGUUAGACCAAACACUCAAUGUACAACUAUCUGAAGAAGAACAACAACAACAUGAACUCACCUUAGAAAAAAAGAGACAUUCUCAAUUUGUUGUGUGUUUAUUUGAUGCAUUUUAUGAUUCUCUUGAUUUUAUGAAAUGUGAUACAGAUAUUGAAUUAAUUGAAACAUUUUUAGUGUAUGCAAAAGAGAAUAUUUUAACAUUGAUCAAGAGUAAUAGUGGUGCUAAUAGUGGUAAUAGUGGUGAUGUAUUUUCACAACAGCAACAACAACAACACUAUUCACUCGAAUCACAAUCAUCCUCUCAACCCAGUGAUGAAAUUUCGGCCUUUUCAACUUGCAUCAAUGCUAUUAUUAGAAAUACGGAUCGACAAGUAUUAUUGAAACUCUUCGAAAAACAUAACAUGUUCAUCUUUUUAACACGUUUGUUAAGAAUGUGUUCCAAUCAUUCUAAUUUAAGAGUUAGAGAUUGUGCUGUUCAUACCAUUGGAAAUAUGAGUAAUGCAGAUUUAUUUGACAAGUGUCCAUUUGAUGUCAUUGAAGAGAGACAUGAGAUCAUUCCACAAGAUGCUGAUCAUGAUUUAUUAUUUGAUUUUGUGUUACCUCUAUUAGAAAGAGAAUCUAUUGUGAGUCAAAGUUUCUAUCAAGAAGCAACUCUUGAAGAUGAUGCCACUCUCAAAAAGAAAAUUAUUGUCUAUCACAAUGCAGUAUGGUCAUUGGGAAGAGUGAUUUUAAAUAUACAAAGAAAGGGAUUUAGUGGGAAUGAGAAUAGUAGGAAGACUAGUGGUAAUACCAACAAUAGUAAUGUUUCUCAAGACAAAUUUAUGCAAUUUUUAGAAAGAAUUUCACCCAAACUCAUGAAUAUCAUUCGAUUAUUUGCAAAUAGAGAUUUCUUUACGACUGAAGAUGUCAUUGAUGAUAUUACAGGUUAUCUCUCUAAUGUGUGUAUUACCAUUUCAUACAUUUCAUUUUCUAGAAUUGACUUAAUUGCACCUUAUUUCCCUCAAUUCGGAGAUUCAUUUAUAGAACAUGUUCAUGCAGAUUCUAAUGAAGAUUUAGAUGAAGAGAAAAUGGCCAUGUGUGUUGCUAUAUUUAGAAUGACUGAGGAAUGGUUGAAUCAUGCCACGAGUAUUGGAAGUGAUGAUGAUGAUGGUGCUUCAACAUGGAACAAUGGAAUGAUGACCACUACUACUACUAGUUCUGCUACCACUAGUAGUGAUCUCGACAAUUUCAAUAAUAAUAGUAGGAUCAAUCCUCAUGCAACCUCAAGCUGGGAUGAAAUGAAUGAAUUUGACAUUGAAACAUUCAUCUUGUUAGAAAAUUUAUUGACCAGUCCAAUGUUUGAGAGAAUUUGUUCAAACUCUUAUGUGUAUGCAUUGGCUUUAAGAGUGAUGGAGAAGGCUCGUAUUUACAUGACCAUGACUUCACGUUUAUAA